AUGGGGAUUCGGGGUCUCACAGCAGCUCUGAGGCCCUUUGCUGCUUACUCAAAGCUGGCUGAUAGCGUGGUUGUCGAUGGCCCAGCUUUCGCAUAUCACAUCUUUUUCGCUUGCCGGCUCGAGAGCCGCGUCUCGACUGCACUCCAGGACCCAUCGUAUACUGCCCUUGGCUCGGCUGCCAUCAGCUGGCUCGACAACCUGCAGUCGCGCGGGAGUAAAGUAGCGGCAAUCUAUUUUGACGGAUACCUACCAGAGUCCAAGGGCGAUGUGCGGCUGCACCGGCUGGUUGAGUCCUCAGCUGCCUCGAACGCGUACUUCGUGUCCACGAAAUCCGGCAUUCGAACCGAGGGCGAUACCCGGGCCGCACCAGCGGCUCGCCAAGCACACCGUGCUCCUAGAAUACCAGUCCCGGCUUUCACGGUCCCGUCGAUUCUCGAGGCUCUGAGAACGUCAGAGACGUACGGCCACCUCACUCACCUCGUCCCCGGAGAGGCGGAUUACUUCUGUGCGGACCACGUCAGGCGCGAGGGCGGGGCUCUCCUCACCUCAGACUCCGACCUUCUCCUCUACGAUCUCGGACAGCAUGGAAGCGUGGUGUUCCUCAGCGACCUAGAAAUUGUACCAGAAGAGUCCGAGUCACGCCCAGUGCUGACAUACAGCCAACGUUCUAUUUGCGAAAGGUGGUCCCUCGAACCUGGCCAGAAUGGCAUGUUAUCCCUCGCAUUUGAGAUCCAGAGCGACCCGUACCAGAAGAUUUCAUACUGGGCAUCGCAGGCUCAAAAGAAGCAUUCGGCCACCGCAAACCCUGCCGAUUACGCGGACUUUGUUUCCGAGUAUAUUAAUGGCUCAGAUUCUAGCCUGACAAUCCCGGAUUCAUUGAAAUUUCUGGACCCUAGGGUGUCAGAAUUUAUAUUGAGCCGGGUCAGAAAUACCGAGACCGCCAGAACAGGCCCUGAGGAAAUAUCGAAUCCAGCGGAGCCGACAUUCUAUCUCCCUCUGCUUCUUGACCGUUGGGAUCAUGAGAGUGCAUGGAGCCCGAGCACGUGGAUACGGCAGCUGGCCUACAGUCUGUGCCAGACAACGCCCUCGGUCUCAUCGACCGUCACGGAGUAUCGACGGACCAUGUCUCCUAAGUCUAAGGGACAAGCUAUCGAGUUGUUAUCAGAGCCAGAGAUGACGGAGACAGCCCACAGGCUGGUGGACUCGUGCAGAACGCUCAUAAACCAAAAACCCCAGCUCCCAUAUCUACGAUGGGCAUUGUUUUGUUUAAAACAGGAAAUCACAUAUGCGUCGCAAGAGGGCAAAGAGUCGCUGGUCAAGGAGGUCUUCCAGAGAGCGAUUAAGUCUAGAAACAGGCUGGACCCGGGGAACUGGAGUACCGUCCACCUGACGGCACAGAUGCAGGGGACGCUCUACUCGCUCCGAAUGCUGCACCAAGUGCUAAAGUGCCAGGGAGGGCUUCUGGUUGGAACUGCCUCGCCGCAGGUACCAGUGGCCGAAUUGCUGGAGUGUCUUUCCAUGCUCCCGCCCAUCAAGGACUUUCCUGGCCCCACUGAUGGUGCAAAUUUGUUUCUGCAGCUCCGACAUGGAGAGCUGGACGAACUGUUGGAUAUGACUGGCCUACCACGAUCUCUCCGACUUAGAAAGACAGCGACACCCCCUCUGUUGGGGGGCCUAGCAGCUGUGAGGAGGGGACGAGCGGGCAAGUUAGAACAGCGAAGGAGGCCACCACUGUCUGGGAACCCGUUCGGUGCAUUAGGCCCAGGCUCUUGA